CUCCAGCCGCAGAGGCGCCGCCGCCGCCCCCGCGGGCGCGCGCGCGGGCGGCGGCGGGCCCAUGGGGCGCCAGCCCUCGUCGUGGGCGUGGACGAUGCUGGGCGUGGCGUGCACGGGCCCCAUGGAGAUCGGGGAGAAAAUCAGCCCCCGAGUUGCAGAGGUCUCGUGUGUGGACAGGCUGUCCGACGGGACGAUCGACUCCGACGCCCCGAAGUGGGUCGACACCCCGGGCGGUCUGUACGGCUGUGCCGAGUACGAGGCGUUCGAGGCGGCGGGGCUUCAGUGGUGCUCUCUCCACGGCGACAGGGACAGCGGAACAGGCAGAGGCGACGCCUAUUGCUGCAUCUGCGGCGGCGGCUGCCCCAGCACUGGCUGCACGACGGUCACGAGCACCUCGACAGCGUCAGCCACAGCCACCACGGGGACCACGACCACCGGGACCUCGACCACCGUGACCACCAGCACGUGCGCGCUGGGCUGCCGGACGGGCCACGCGAGCGCGUGCCCGGGCGCCGCGGUGGCGGUGCGGGAUACCCACGGGGACCCCUGCACGUGGUACGACGAGGACGACGCCUGGACGAUGGCGCAGUGCGGCUCGUACGACGAUGCCGACUUCAGCGCCAACCUCAUGUGCUGCAGUUGCGCCAACAGCGCCGGCGGGGAGAUCAGGGGCCAAGUGGGUGCCGCAGGCGGUGAGCAGCCGAGCGCCGCCUGGCGGGCGGCCGGCGGCGGCCGCAGCGGCCGCGGCGGGCGGCCUGCUCCUGCUGGGGGCGGGCCCGCUGUCUGCCAGGGGCUAGGAUUCCCACAUGUCGCCAUUGAUACUGGCCGAGCCUGAUCCCCAGGCGGCCUGGGGGGCCGAAACGAUCUUUCGGAUACGGGGGCUUCAGCUCAGUGGCCUCCCCAAGCCUGAGCCACUCCCUCCCACCGCGCCUCCAAAUAGUGGCGGGCAGCGGGCGGCAUGGAUGGCGCCAGAGGCGCACACUUUCUAUGUCGCAGCGCUGGCGCUCGCACAGCGCGGGUCGGCCGAGAGCGCACGCCGACAGGCUGA